AUGUUUUGGUAUAAGCAGAAACUGGGACAGACUCUUCAGCUGGUGGGAACAGUGAUAGCACAUUUACAACCUAUUAUUGUUCCUAAGUUCGACCCAUCAAGAAUCUCACUGGAGACAAAACCAAGCAGCGUUUCUUUGACUUUAAAACGUACUACUGAAGAUGAUGAAGGAAUCUACUUCUGUGGUAAAUCUGAUGGGAAUGCGAUUCAGUUUUCCAGUGGAACUUUCUUAGCUGUGACAGGUCACCCAAAGUUAAGUGUAUCAGUGCUCCAAACUCCAGUAUGGGGGUCAGUUUCUCCAGGAGAGUUGGUCACUCUGCAGUGCACGGUCCUCUCUGAGAUCAGAGCAGCAGAACUCCGAGUGCUCUGGUUCAGAGCUGCUGCAGGACAAUCCUUUCCUGAAAUCAUUUACACUCAUCAGAACAGCAGCAGCCGUCAGUGUGAGAUCAGCUCUUCUACACACAGCUGUGUGUACAACUUCUCCAAGAACAUCCUCGACCACAACCAUACUGGAACUUACUACUGCGCUGUGGCUGCUUGUGGGGAGAUUAUUUUUGGAAAUGGAGCAUCAGUAGAACUGAAUCAUCAGCCUGUGCUAGUUGUUACCCUGGCAGUGGCGCUGGCCUUGUUCUCAAUCGGGAAUAUCACUCUAGUCUACUGGAGCUGUAGGAGAGAGAGCUGCAGCGGCAAUACAUCUUAGUCUGGCAUCCACAAUUUCCCAGAGGCGCUUUAAGACCAGGAGAGUAAUUCCGAGGGCUACUAUUUCACUCCUUUAUAUUUGAAGAUGAAGAAAAGAGGACACAAGGAGAACAUUUUCACACCAAGUGAGGUUCUUCCCUGUUUGUUACAGACCAAUUCAGAAAGACAACGUUGGUGAGAAAAUAAGAAAAAUAAUAAGAUAAUGAAAAAAAAAAUAACUGAGAAAAAAUCUGUCAUACUGAAUUAAAGGUGCUGAUGUAAAGUGUCAGUGUUCUCUGGGUAUUUUUAAUAGCAUGAACAGAGUGUUAAAUGUACCAAUUAAUGUUAAAUAUAAAACAGAUAAAAUAUGUAAUUCUCAUUGGAUCCUUUACAUUAUAAGCUAAGGUUCCAUAAUUAUUUGGUAUCCAAUGACAAUUAAAAAAUAUCUGGACUGCUGUUUUCCUCUGAGCUGUAAAGUUGUAGACUUACUAUAAACAGCACUUUCUGAAGUAUCUCUGUGUUCUGUGCAUCAUGCUUUCACCGUCAUGAACUUAAAUAUCAUUUGAAAAUAUUACAUUAAAUACAUUUCAUUCUUCAUUCAAAGUCUUAUUUUGAUGUGAUUUGAUGUGAUUAAGUCAAAAUCUCUGUUGGAUUAUGUAA